GCGCCAGUUUAUUUACGUUCUCGUGUUCGUCGUUCGUCUAUUGUCGGGUGUUUAAUCAUUAUUAAAUCGUUACGAGUCUAAUCAGUGAAUAAUUCAACAAUAAAACAUUAAUUUCGUACCUCUUCUAUGUAUUUUCGCUGCGAAAAGUUACUAUUUGCAUUCCAGUGUAGAAUUGAAAUUAGUGUAGUGUCAGUGAUGCAUUGUAAAUUCGCCGCCUCGAGUUGACUCGCGUUAUGUUUUGGAUAUUACGUAAACGUAAAAAAUAAUACAAUAUUCGAUUACCUACCGAGUGAUAUGAUUACAUAGUGAUACUUUUUUUUAACCCUCAUAAUCGUUUAAAUGGUAAAGUGGAUAUGUACAAGAUAGAAGGCUACCCUUACAAGGAAGGGAUGAUGCAUAAGGAAAAAAUGAAGCCAAAAUACGAUUUGGAAGAUUAUAUUUACGACGUCGAAUCUAGAAGUCUGGAGAACGAAGCUGAUCCCGAGGAUAUUUAUGCCCAACUCCAGCAAAAGGAGAAGGACUUGAUAUUAGCUGCUGAGUUGGGUAAAGCUUUAUUGGAGAAAAACGAAGAACUCAGUAGACAUAAUGAACGACUGGCCGAAGAAUAUUCGCAGAAAUUAGAGGAAAUAGAACAAGACCGCCAUCUACUCCGACGUAAACUGUUAUCAACCCAAUCAGAAUGUGAUACUAAAGUAUUAGAGCUACAGGCUGAUAUCAGAGAACUUCAAAAUGCGUUGGAUGAUCGAGACAACGCGCUUAAACAAACGGAAAAGGAGAAGACUCUAUUAAUUGCCGAAUUGACUGAACAAAAUCAAAGGCUACAAAUGCAAAUCAAAGAGUCGAGUAAAUUAGAAGAAGCGUUAACUCUGCAGUUACAAGGUCUCCGAGAUCAAUGUAAUUUGAAAAAGUCUAGUCUACAAGAUCACCAAAGCAGCUUAGAAGUUCUCAAAGAGGAGAUACAAUUAAUGUCCGAGAAGAAAACGGAGCUGGAAAAACGAAUACACAGCAUACAAAGCGAUCGAGAUGGACUGAGCGCAGCGUUAGACGAAGCAACAGAUCGCAUCAUGAUGCUAGAAAGGCAAACACGAGAACAAGAGAUCCAGUUGAGGGUUUGUAAACGCGAACUGGAUGAAUUACGAUCGGUAAAUGGUACUUUGGGUAAUCGCCUAGAAGCACUCGGAUCUCUCGGUAAUAUCGGACAUCGAUCGUUGCUUAGCGAGAUGGAAUGCGAAGACUCGACAUUGUCGCCUACUGACGAAUUACAACAUAUGAAAAAGGAAGUGAUCGGUGUGCACGAACGAGUGAAAAUACUUUGCAUGCAGUUGAAACAUCGUUCCAGAGAACCUCUAGAUGCGAGUCAGCUGAAUCAUUUGCCCAUAUCUGUGCAGCAAGUCAAAGUUGGCAUGCUGACGGCUGUAAUUCAAGACUUAUGCGAUUUAGUAUCCGACCUAGGUGGAGACUAUUCGACCAGUAGUGUCAGCGUUACUGAGCUUGAGAUAGACUUGCACAGGGCUAGAGAAAGCAUCGACAGGAUGACUAAAGAGCUCGAAGAUAAAACCGAAGAGCUGAAACGUCGUUCGGAAACGAUUCUUGAAUUAACCAGCAAACUGAACGUUUGCGAAGCUGAAUUAACCGGUGCCAAAGAAGAACGCGACAGGGCGCGAGCUGACAUGAAUGAUUUGGACACUUUGGCCAAAGACGAGAUCAUCAAGAAAGCGUGGGAAAUUCGCGACGGUGCUGUCGAAAGGAAGAACGCCACACAAGUUGAACUGGCUCGAACUCGAAUCGAUCUUCUUCAAGUUAAUAGUCAAUUAAUGGAAACUAUUCGUCAAAAAGUCGAACUACGUCAACAACUGGAACAGUUCGAGAUGGAUGUUCACGCAUUGGUCGACGAACAAAUGCGUCAAAAGUUGACCCAUCAAGAUCAAUCGAAUAGUGGCACCACUACCCCCAUAUCGGCGGAUAAAAAGCGUACCACUUCGCGUAGAUUAUUCGGUUUAUUCCAACGGUAAUCGAUUCCGUUGCAAAAUAAAAUUGCCUAAUCGACUAUAACAAUCAAAAUGUUGCGUACCCUGUGUGGCGUUUACUAGACUUCGAUAUCUAGUACGCCGUUAAAUGUUUCUAAGAGCUUUGUUAUUCAUACUAGUCAUUUAGUUUAAAAUUGAUGUAAAGUAAUACUGUUUUAUAUGUAGAGAUAUUUUAUUUUCUUCUUUCUUUCUUUACGUCUUGUUUCCUAUUUAUAUAUCGUAUGUAAAUUUUUUUUUCUAUUUAAUCCUACGAACCUUCAAGUGUUUAAUCGAAAUGCGCCGAAUGAAAUUCAAUUUUUGUAUCUCCUCUCAGGAAAUCCGUGUCGAAGUUACCAGCGUUUUGAAGGAAAAAUUAAUCUUGUGAUCCAAUUUAUAUGCUUGAUUUUUUUCAUUGACUUUUUUUUUAAAAAAAAAAGAUGUACUUAUUUUUUUUUAAAUUAAUCAUUUUCAACACCUACCUACCUAUUGUGUAUUUUGAUUUAUGUGAAGGUGGAAAUGAUGGAAUCAUUUACGUGUGUUUUUGUUAAGAUUUUUCGUGAUGAGUUCCAUUUUUUCAUCGACUAUUUUCCUGUUUUACUAUAAGUCCUUCAUUUUGUACAUGUAUCUAUGUUUGAUAAGUAUUUGACCUCGACAAUUUUAAUUGUUAAACCGUAACGCAAAUUUGUAUGAUGAAAUUUUAUAUUAAAAAAAAAAAGGAAUAAAUUAAUUAAUUAUUUUUAAGGCAACGAAAUAUUGUGUAACAUUUUUACAGUAAAAAUCAAUUUUUGAAAUAGAAAUACAGCACAAUUUUAGUUAAA